AUUUAUAAAAGUAGAUAUAACAAAAUGUUACGUAACCAUUAACCAUUGCAAAUUAUGUUUAGAGAAUUUAAGUGAAUUAGUUUAACUUCUUUAACUGGUGAUAUAAAAGGAAAAAAGUCUUACUUUGUUCUGACUUAAACCAGGACAAAACUGAACUGUCUCAACUAAGGCACUACAUUUCCCACAAUGCUCAUUAAUGCGGAAAGUGAUUACGUCAUCAAAGUGCGCCGUCACUCUGGCAACGGUUGUAACUAUUCCCUGCGUUUGACGCCGUUCAGCUAGCUAGCUUGUCAAAGUUUGUGAAGAAUAAAGUUUAAUGCCGAAAUUAAGCGCGGACACGCUAUGGGAGCAGGCUGCGGCGGAGGUCCACAGUCGGGAGACUGAAGGCGGGGAGGAGGACGGAGGAGACACGGUCAGCGAGAGGACCGUGUUUCUGAUGGGGAGCAAGGCUGGGGGUAAAACGUCUGUUCUCCUCAGAUGCCUCGACAGGGAUGAACCGUCCAAGCCUACUCUGGCACUGGAGUACACUUUUGGCAGAAGGGCCAGAGGACACAACACACCCAAAGACAUAGCUCACCUAUGGGAGCUGGGAGGGGGGACGUCUCUGUCAGAUUUGGUCCAGAUCCCCAUCACUCCUGUCAGCAUCAGGUCUCUCUCCGUCAUCCUCGUUCUGGACUUGUCUAAACCCAACGCCCUGUGGGGAACCAUGGAGAAGCUGCUGCAGGCAGCACAAGCUCAGCUGGAGAAAGUCUCUUCUCAAGCACAACAAGCACAGAGGGCCAAACCUGGAGCCAAACACCAGACCCCUGUCCACUCAACAACACGUGUUUUACCUAAAGACUAUCCUGAUAAAGAGCUGAUCAGUCCCUUUCCUGUUCCUCUACUCAUCAUCGGCAGCAAAUAUGACCUCUUUCAGGAAUUUGACUCUGACAAGAGGAAAGUGGUCAGUAAAACACUGCGUUUUGUUGCCCACUUCUACGCAGCCUCUCUUAUUUUCACGAGCAUCAAGUCAGAAAGCCUGAUGUCAAAAACAAAGAGCUUCUUCUCCCACCUGGCUUUCGGUCUGGACAGAGGGAAAACGUUGUCCUGUGACUCCACCAAGCCUCUCAUCAUUCCAGCAGGCUCUGACUCCUUCAGCCAAAUAGGUUCCCCUCCUACUACUGAUGUAGACAUCACUUCUCUGCAUGCCAAAAACCCAAAGGACCUCUGGAAGAAAGUCUACGAGCAUGUCUUCCCCCAAGAGAACACCAGUGAGCAUAGAGAACUAAAGGAUCCAGCCAAAGACCAGCAGUACAGUGAGCCACAGAUUGAUGCCAUGAGAGCUCAGAAAGACCAGGAGUUGGAGCAAUAUAAGAGGAAUGCAACCAAAUCAUGGAAAGGACUUGAACUGAACACAUGAGAUACUCCGCUUUAUGGUCACACUCACACACAUACAUCAUAUUUCAAUGUAAAUACAGUGCACAUUUUUCGUUAUUUAUUUCCUCUUGUGUCUAUUUUUAACAAAACAGAACUACUUGUAUACUCAUGAUAAAAUGUGCUCUAAAAAAUAAAAAAAAAGGUGCACUAAUACAAUAAGCAUCACUUGCGGUUCGUGAUACAUUACAAUCACAAUAUUUAAACAAAAACGUAAUACAUGCAAUACAUUAUAUGACGUUUUAGUGCUGAAAAACUUGGUUAUUGUUUCUGCUACUUAAUACACAGCAGUCCACUGUUCAAUUUUGAAUCA